AUGGCAACUAGUGGUAGUAAAAGAUCAAAAAAUCAAUUAAGACGAGAGAAACUUAAACAAAGAAAACUUGAAGAAAAGGUUAAAAAUAAUGAAGAUUCUAUUAAAAAAUCAAUUGAUUUACAAUCAAAAAUAAAUGAACAAUCUAAACAAGAACCAAGUAUUGAUAUAUCUAUAGAUAAUCCAUUAUUUGAACAAUUCCAAUCUGUAUUUAAUAAAUUUAAUAAUAAUAAUAAUGAUAAAUCUCAACAGAAUGAAGCCAAAGACAUAUCCGAAACAAAUCAAGAUACCCAAGAUGUUAAUUCCCAAUCAUCAUCAUCAUCUGAAGAAGAAGAAGAAGAUAGUGAUGAUGAUUCAGAAGAAGAUCAAUCAUCAAUUAAAAAACUUUCUAAAAGACAACUUCGAAUACAAAAUAAAAUUCCAUUAGGUAAAUUAAAAUCAUUUAGUAAAAAUCCUCAAAUUGUUGAUAUUCAUGAUAUUGAUUCAAAAGAUCCAUAUUUAUUAAUUUCAAUUAAAUCACAAGCAAAUAUUAUUCCUAUUCCUAUUAAUUGGAGUUUUAAAAGAGAUUAUUUAUCAUCUAAAAGAGGUAUUGAGAAAUUACCAUUUCAAUUACCUAAAUAUAUUCAAUCAACAGGAAUUUCAGAAAUGAGAUCAAUAGAUAAUAAUGAUGAAAAUCUAAAAUUAAGACAAAAACAACGGGAUAAAAUUCAACCAAAAUUAGGUAAAUUAGAUUUAGAUUAUGAAAAAUUAUAUAAUGCAUUUUAUAAAUUUCAAACUAAACCAAGAUUAUUUCCUUAUGGUGAAAUAUUUGAAGAAGGUAAAGAAUCAAAUGAUGAAUUAAUUUCAAAAAUUAUGAAAAUUAAACCAGGUAUAAUUUCAAAAAAUUUACGUAUGGCAUUAGGUAUGCCAAUUGAUGAUAUAACUAUACCUCCUGCUUGGAUAACUAUUAUGAAAGAUAUUGGGAAACCUCCAUCUUAUAAAGAUUUAAUUAUUCCUGGUUUAGAUAUUGGGUAUAGUAAUACUGGUUAUAAAGAUCAAAAUGGUGAUUCAAAAAGAAAGAAUUUUAAACAUUGGGGUAGAUUGAAUGCACUUGAUGAGUCCUCCUCUGACGACGACGACGAGGAGGAAGACGAAGAACAAGAGGAAGAGGAAGAAGAACAAGAGGAAGAACUAGAGGAAAAAGAAGAACAACAACAACAACUAGAGGAGAAGAAGGAAGAACAUCAAGAACCAACGUUAAAUGAUAUAUUAUCUGGACUUUCUGCAGAUAAUAAAGAAGAAAAGACAAAUAAAGAUAAAAAAUUAUUUAAAAUAUUAAAAGAAUCAACUUUGAAAUCUGAUGAUUCUUCAAUUACAGGAUAUACUUAUGAUUUAAAAGAUGAAAAUAAACCACAAGUGAAAGAGACGAAAAAGGAUACAUCAAAAGAUCAACAACAACAAGAAGAAGAAUUUAAAUUUUAG